AUGUCACAGAUAAUCCCUACCCCAGAAGUUCAAAACAACCACAUCGAAGAAUUAGAAAUAGACUUCGACCAAUACAUCAGAGAACGCCGCCAAGAUUGUAAGUCUUGGAAUGAAGCAAUUACAGGAACAUUAUCGAACAGAAUUGCCCAAUGCGAAAAUGCGAUCAAGAAGAUAGACAAAGAGAUCGACUUCUGCGAUGAGAGAGCAUCUAGCAUCGGACUAGACAGAGUCUCACCACCGGACUACCAAUCUUGGCUCCUAGAGAACUACGAGCAACUAUUAACCAUCUUGUACGCGCUGAAAGCUUGGUUUUUCCAAUUCCAAGACGAUUACGAAGCGCUGCAUCACGCAUUGAGCAAUCGCGAUGUCACAACUGCUGAAGAGAUCAUGCGAGAUCUGCAGGAACCCUCGGAGUUUGGCUUGCCGACUGGAGAAGAAAGCCAAUCAGAGCCAGAAGAGGACUCAGAGAUGGAAGAUGAGAGCGAGGAAGAUGAGAGCGAGGAUGAAAGCGAGUCAGGAUCUGAGGAUGAUCCUGAACAAUCUUAA